ACUUCCGUUGCCGCUGCCUGUCACCGGAAGUCGUGUUGGUCAAGGCGCCGCUCGACUGUAUUUCACGACUCCCAUUCGCCGCGCCUCCUGGCUCAACUGCAGGAUGGCUACACGCUUCUCCCUGCACCGAGUACCGCCAAGCAGCACCAGAGAGGCACGAGUACGUAAGACCGUGCAUCAUGGAGCCUGUUGUGGAUGCAGUAUUUGUGUCUUCUCUCAAUACUGGGACAGAAUCUCUCCAGGUCUAUGAUUGUGACACUGGGACUCAACUGAAGAGCUACCGAGGACAGCCAGUUGCUGCUUCUACUCUCUGCUCAGUUGGACGCGCAUCUCACUUACUGGCGGCACAGAGAGACAAGCCAUUCCUACAGACCUGGGCCAUCCACCAGCAUGAUGUGCAGCAAAUCCGACUGGUUGUUCCUGGGAAAGUCACCGCCAUGGCAGUGAACUCAGCAGGACAAAAGUACUGCAUCAUUGGAAUCAAUGAAAAAAUUCACAUCUACAAAUUGUUGUCUGGUCGCAUGAUUGGCAUUGCAAGUCGCCAUUACCAGCCAGUUACCCGGUUGAUAUUUUCACCUUGUGGCAACUACUUUGCUUCGGGUGGGGAGGAUGGGUUUGUGUAUCUGUGGAGCUUGGCCAGUUUCAUCGAGAGGCUACACCAGGUCCACGCACCCCAACCUCAGCCACACUUUAUUCUAGGACAGCACUCAGAUAAGAUUACAGGUUUGACCUUCACCUCAUCAGGGAUGCGAGGGUUCCUUGUGUCAUCCUCCUUGGACCGCACCGCCCGUGUGUUUGACCUGGUGACUGGCCGCCCUGUGUAUUGUUUGGUCACUUCCGAUGCUGUGACCAGUGUGGCCAGUAAUAUGCUAGGGUCUCAGCUCUUCCUUGGUCAUACUGAUGGCACUGUCAAGGUGGUGGAUUUGCUUCCUCCUCAUCCCCAUGGGGAUAUUGAAGUGAGCCGCAAAGGAGUUUUGUGCCAUGAAAAGUGUGUGCGGCAUCUUGCUGUGACACCCUCGGGCAGCCACCUGGUCAGUGGAGGAGACGAUGGAGAAGUGAAAGUUUGGGUGGUGACCAACAGCACACUAGGAAGUCAUGAGGCUUCUGCCAAGAGACGACCUCACUUGGCUCACAGAAGAACAAUACACACUGGCCGAGGACCAAUCACCAACUUGACCAUAAAGCAAAUCAGUAGAGAGGUACUGAGUGAAGGAGAAAUGACAGUAAAGGAAGUUAUUGCUCCCUUUAGCCAAGAUCAUUCCAACCCACUAAGUUGUCCAGUCACUGUGCCAAUAAAAGGAAGAUGUAAUCCACACCUUCAUUUACAAGAUUUGUUCACUUCUCCACUUCUGUCAAGUAUCCCACAAGUAUCUGGAACUUGUGGAGGGUUGGGAAUCAGCAGUGAUGCUCAGAACAAUGUGGAUCAGCUCAAGAUGACAAACUCUCAGCUCUUCAAAUUUGCACUCAAGCACAUAAUUGGUGAAGGAGAUCUGUGAUAUAGGCCUUCUGCAGAAGAGAGUCAUAGUUACAGUGUCUGAGUGUGUCGCAUUGGAUCACCUGCAACCACUGGAAGGAAGCUACUUUAAAGAUAAGGAUUCUAUUUCUACAGAUGGGUUUUCAAAAUAAAAUAAAAAAUGUAUAAAAAUGCUUAUGAAAA